AUGUGCUCGACAAACUCUUGUUCUUCUUUUGGUGAUAUUAUCGAUAUUACAGAGGAAACUUGUUCAGAUUCUCGAAAUGUUGAUCAUACAUCAUCAAAUAUUUCUCAAAUGUCUUGUAAAAGGAUUUAUAAUUUACUCAUGCGUGAAGGUGGAAAUCUAAUAGUGGUCGAUAAUACGAAGAAACAUACUGCAAGUUGCUGGUCUCAAUUUGGUUUUCCAGCUGUUACUGAUGAUAAAGGUGUUGUGUUGACAAAAUUAGACAAUUUUGUUUCAUGUAAACAUUGCUAUGUUACAUAUUCUUACAAUAAUAAUAGUACCUCGCAAACGAACAAACAUUUUUGUGGAAGUUCACCAAUAAGAUCUUCAAAACACUCUGAUACAACGUCUUCAUCACCUUUAAAACAAAAAAAAUUCUUUCUUUCACCUGUAAUCGCCCAGGAUCGAUUAAACUAA